AUUUCACAUAUCUCAUCAAUAUUGCAAUUCGAAACACAGUCAGUCGUACAUCAUGGCGCUCCCAAAGCGUAUCAUCAAGGAAACUGAACGUCUGGUAGCCGAUCCAGCUCCAGGAAUCGUAGCAACACCACAUGAGGACAAUUUGAGAUAUUUUGAUGUGGUAAUCUCUGGUCCAUCACAAAGUCCAUUCGAAGGUGGUUCCUUCAAACUAGAACUUUUCUUACCGGAAGAAUAUCCAAUGGCACCACCAAAAGUUCGCUUUUUGACAAAGAUCUAUCACCCAAAUAUAGAUAAACUUGGACGGAUCUGUUUGGAUAUCUUGAAGGACAAAUGGUCGCCAGCUCUACAAAUUCGUACGGUCUUGUUGUCGAUUCAGGCACUACUUUCAGCACCCAACCCAGAUGAUCCGCUGGCAAACGAUGUAGCAGAGCAUUACAAAACAGACGAGAAAGGCGCCAUCGAAACUAGCCGUCAAUGGACAGCACAGUAUGCAAAAUAAGCGAAAGAAAUUGGAGUUAGCUUUUACGCAUAUUCAAUGUAUGUAUAUAUAUAUGAAGGGCAUCUCGAUUGUCGUUGUUAGUUCUAUGAUUUCAAUAGAUCAUCGUUCACCUGUUCGACAGUAUAAUGUUCGCCAGCAGAUACACUCACUUGAAGGGAAUGAUCUUGUUGACUUGCG